ACAAACACAUACAUAGCUCAAUGUUUUAUUUAGCGUGCUAUGCCGGAAGCAGACACCAUAUUCGUCCGAGCUCAAAGACAUUCAUUUCAGUAGGCGAUCGCUAUUUGUCAUUGUUUUAGGGGUUUUUUUUCCAAGUGUUUGUUUAGAACCAUCGCUUUGCAGCUCUGAAAGGAAAUCGCUGCACAUUUCUGGGUGCAACAUCUUCCCGUUGCAUUUUGUGUAGGAUCACUGUGAAUGAAAAGGGCAUGGCAAGCCGAGACAGAAGGGAUAUGUAUAUAUUUUAUUUUUUGCACAUUUUCACUGUCAUAUCAGGUCUGAUUUAAAAUGCAAAUACGCCGGAUAGUCAUUUUUGGAUGUACGCUCUUCAGCGGUGGAUGGUGUGGGACGGCGGCUCAAAACACAGCGAGAAAAUACAAAUGCUCAUGAUUUGAUGACCAGAAUGCAUUUUGGGGAAAGACAAAAGAGACACAAUUUGAACUGCGUUUAAUUCAUUUGAAUUUUUGUACCCCUGUGGAUUAUAAUAGCAGAAUGCUUCGCGAAUAGGUCUGUGAAGAGCAUCUAUAUCGGUAUCAUGGGUUUUUAUUAUUAUUAUUAUUUGGUUUGUUUUCAUUUUAAAUUCCCCUUUUCAAUUGGAAAAUAUUUCCCACAACUGAAGACACAGGGUCUGAAUUUAUAAGCAUCGCUUUCAUAAAAUCAUUUCGUCUGCUUUUUUUUUUAUCCUAUUAAGUAUCAUUAUUGCACUGAAUAAUUUGCAGUAUGCAUUCAGUAAAAUACAUAUUUUUAUAAUUUUGUUUUGUAUAAAAGUAAAACCACAUUCUCCAGAUCCCGUCCGAAUUGUUAUUUUGCACACACAGUCAUCCUUAUGACAAUAAAUACAACAUUAUUUUGCAAGUUCUUGUUUCAAUGUUAUUGUUUUAUAAUAAUUUGCUGCUAUCAUUUUUAGAUUACUGCACUAAUGCCAAUGCACUUGGGUGUAUUGUUAUUAUUAGUAUCGUUAUUAUUAUUUGUAUUAUUUUAGCCGUGUCAAGCGGGAUAUUCACAAUUUCUUACAAAUUUCUGCUUACAUUUUAGGUUGAAAAAAAAAAAAAAAAAUCCCAGCUCGGCUGCAUUGCUUCCACCUUUAUUAAUAUUAUUUUUCUUUCCUUGUUUUUAUACAUUUAAAAUAAGCCACCCCAUAAUGUUCAAGAAUCGAAUCCGCAUGUUUUUAAACGAGCUCAAAGUUCUGGUUUUGAUGCGUUCCGGUUCGAGACAGGCCGAGCCAGACGUAGACUUAGACAACCGGCGGACAAACAUGCGAGGGCUCCGGGUAGGCGGAUGCGGGUGGCCGCCGUUCAGCGACUGCUCGUCACGGGACGACGAGGAGGAAUACUACGGAACCGACCCGCGACCGAGGAGCCUUGCUUUUGAGGAAAAAGAUGCCAAGCUCCAAGCUGGCUUGGACGCUGUCUCUCUCGCAAGCAGUCUCGACAGCGGAAUGCGGAGUCCGCAGUGUCGAAUCUGCUUUCAGGGACCAGAGCAGGGGGAGCUGCUGAGCCCGUGUCGGUGUGACGGUUCGGUUCGCUGCACACACCAGCCCUGCCUGAUUCGCUGGAUCAGUGAGAGAGGAUCGUGGAGCUGUGAACUCUGCUACUUCAAAUACCAUGUCCUGGCUAUUAGCACAAAGAACCCCUUGCAGUGGCAAGCAAUCUCAUUGACAGUGAUUGAGAAGGUGCAGAUCGCUGCUAUAAUCCUGGGCUCUCUCUUCCUCAUCGCCAGUAUCUCCUGGCUCAUCUGGUCCUCCCUCAGCCCCUCCGCGAAGUGGCAGCGGCAGGACCUGCUCUUCCAGAUCUGCUAUGGCAUGUACGGCUUCAUGGACAUCGUCUGUAUAGGCCUGAUCAUCCACGAGGGCUCCUCUGUGUACCGGAUCUUCAAGCGCUGGCAGGCUGUCAACCAGCAGUGGAAAGUGCUUAACUACGAGAAGUCCAAGGACCUGGGGGAGGCUCUUAGCAGCAAGGGUGGAGGCAGGGGUUCAAGGACCAAUCGGCACUCCUCGUCCAGCGACAGAAAUAACAGGCGGGGCCAGAGGGUUAGAACUAUACUCCACCACCACUGUGGCUACACCAUCCUGCACAUUCUCAGCCACUUGAGGCCUAACGAACACCGGAUAAGCGCAAGCUCUAACCGGGAAGUGGUCAUGAGAGUGACGACUGUAUAAAGCCGUGGGACACGCAGACAAAUCGAAAAACCGACAGACAGACAGAUAAGACUUUCACGUCUGUUGAGUUAGCCUCUAUGAAAGAGGUUUAAAGAUAUACAAAACUGAAACUGAGUUUGACUUCAGCAGCCAACAACAACAACAACAACAACAACAACAAAGGCUUCAUAUUGGACUCAAUUUGCAGUAGGCCUCACAUUUCUGAGCCAGCUUAAACAUGUUGCCAUGUGUUUGUUUUUUUUUUAAACCAUCCAAAAAGGGAAUCCAUGACGUAUAAUAAAGCAUAUUUGAGUUCCCUACCCCCUCAUCCAACCCCACUUUCUCAUUUCCCAUUAAAAUGUUUAAAAGAAAAAAAUAACUAACAAAACAAAGGAUGGCAAGAAAGCCAGGGGUACAGUGUUUACCGAAACCUGAACUACCAGUUUAGAAAUGACUGGAAAUAAAAAGGCAACAAUAAAACAAAAAGGUGCAAUAAAAAAAGGUGCACCAAAAAAAAUAAAUAAAUAAAUAAAUAAUAUUGAAUUCCAAAAGGACACAUUGUCUGGGCAAUAAAGAUAACCUGUACAUUUCACAGUUAAUUUAAUGCAUGAGUGUGCUGUUCUUUUUACUUCAGCUGGGGGGAAAGCAGCAAUGAAAAUAAUCUAUAUGCAAAUUGGGAUGUGUUUUCCUUUUUUUAUGAAGAAAAAGAAUGAAAGGGGCUAUUUUAAUGAUCUAAACUGUGGAGGAUCUUCAUA